AUGUCAGCGGAAGAGCCAACCCAGCAGACCCCAGCUCACCCUACAACCUGGAAAGCCGGGAUUGAAGAAUACCUUCGCGAACACGAAAUUAUCGCCGACAAAGUCACGCCCCUGGAAGGCGGUACCUCGUGCUACCUAUGGAAACUUGAUGGCUUGAACGAGGCAAACACUUCGUCCAGCUCCCGCAUCGUAGGCGGCCCAGUAGUGCUGAAAUGCGCCGACGCUGUAGCCAAGGGCGCGCCUAUCGCCGUCGACGAGAGCCGCCUGCAAGCUGAAGUCAAAGCCUUGCAAUCCAAACCAGUGGCCGAGGCGUGCCGCAGUGAGCCGUCUGUCAGGGUUCCUUCUGUGCUGCGAGAGACGCGCAACGGCUUUAUCAUGAACUGGGUCGGUGAAACGGACCUGCGUACGGUCUACCAGACAGCCGAUGAGCUGGACAUGGCGGCCAUCGGUACGCGGCUGGGGAAAUGGCUGGCCUGUCUGCACGUUGCUGGCGUAGCUAUAGGCCCCGACGGAUGGAACACCCAUCACGACACUCUCGACAAGCUGUUCUCCGGUCCCGGGGGCAUGGAGGAGCAGGCGGCUAGGUCGGUGUUAUCUGACAGUGGGGAGAUUGAGCGCGUGCUGCAAAUAGCACGAACGCCGUCUGCCGUCCGGACACUGACGCCUUGGGACUUCAGGCCGUCGAACGUUGUUUUGACAUUGCCCAGCGAGAAGGGGGCGCUUCCCGAGAUGGCCGUCGUCGAUUGGGAGCUCUGCUACUAUGGCGACCCGACCAACGACAUUCGCACGUGGGUGGCGGAAGCGAUGAUGAUGGAGGCACGCCACGGAGACCGAGGCCUGCUCUCCUCCUUCUUGGCGGCCUACAAGCAGCACGCCAGCAGCUCCAUCGUGGACAGGGCCUUUGUGCGCAAGGUGGCUGUUUCGGUGGGAAUCUUUCUGCUGUAUUUCAUCGGCCAGGGCGCGGCGCUCUGGGGAUUUGACGAAAAGGAUUGUCUUGAGUGGACUCAGAGAGCGGUCCAGUAUCUCAAGGCGGGGGCGGAGGAAGAUGUUGCGUGGCUGGCGCAAAGUGUUUUGAAGCCAUUGCUUGAUUGA